AUCAUUAUCGAAAGUGAUAUUUCAUUUUGCACGUGUCUUCUCGAGUGACACGCGACAUAACAACUCUCGCCGUCAGUAUGCCCAGAUCUUUCCUAAUCCGAAACGCAACCCGCAGUUAUUGCAGCGACAAUUCUGCUUUGACCCCAAUCGAUUACUCCAAGACAGGCUCCUUCCAUUCUACACCAUCCAACCGCCCUGGUAACAAUAUGGCGUCCUCCACGGCAAUCCAACCUCAGCCCAUCUUCAGCUACCCCACCCUGUCUUCACUCGGUAGCCCAUCCCUAGGAAUGUACCCGCCCGUCCCCCGGGCGUCGCUCAGCGCCCACAGCGGGCUGUCCCUAUACCCUCUCCCAGCCUAUGUGGCCUUCAACUCUUACCACAUGAACUCUUGGACGUGUUCUCCGUACCCAGACUGCCGGUGUGAGGGUGACGGGACUCCCGUCACCCCCGUCAUGGGCCUUCCCCUGGAGGCUUACCGUGGAAUGACGACACCCAGCACCCCCGAGAAAGACAGCAGUCCAGGGUAUGACGUCGCCAGGGAACUCUUGUAUAGUGACGCCGAUAGCCCUGAUGAGAAACCACGGUUAAAGCCUCGCUUCGACUUUUCCCGUCUUGCCGAAUCAGCCACGCGAGACUUGAAGAAAAACGAUGGGGAGGCGACGCGAUCUGGUAGCGCAGAUGCGAAAGUCUACAGUCACGCUCUAGCCCUGUUGCAAGACAGUUUGAGGUACAGCCAAUUACUGAGCGGCAUCAGACUUCCGGUGUUGCAGAGGGCGCCUUCAGACACGGAGAAACCCAUUAGCAAAAGACCAAGAAGAGCUAAGAAAGAGUUCAUAUGCAAGUAUUGCGGGCGUCACUUCUCCAAGUCCUACAACCUGCUGAUUCACGAGAGAACCCACACGGACGAGAGGCCCUUUCCAUGCGAGAUCUGCGGCAAGGCGUUCAGGCGACAAGACCAUCUCCGCGACCACAGGUACAUACACUCUAAGGAGAAGCCUUUCAAGUGCGAGACAUGUGGCAAAGGAUUCUGUCAGAGUCGAACCCUGGCUGUCCACAGGGCAACUCACAUUCAGCCUUAACCUCUAACCAGUGAGGUUUGCAGUGAUACUGUUACGAAGGCCGGAAAGUGCUAUUGAUUGACUCAUGUCAUCACAAGUGGCGAAGAGACACAUUUGUGUAGUUUCAGCCGUGCGCUACUUCAAGUGGACAUCGACGAUAGAUUCACACAGUGUUUUCCAACAAACUGUCUAUGGACCAACUUCGGAAGGCAGUUGUUGCAGAGCCUACAUUGCACGUGCUAUUCAGCCUACUCAUCCUAGUCUUCAGAAGGCAGUUGUUGCAGUGCCUACAUUGCACGUGCUUCACAGCCUACAUUGUUCUCAGUAAAAUGCCAAGUUCUCCUGCUUGACGGGACCCCCUGGCGUCAUGUUGCCAUGUUGUUAUCCUUGUUUGUUUUGUUUAUAUUUUCAUAUUUACUUUGUUAGUGAUGAGAUACUUAAUAAUAUAUAAGUAUCAGUAUCCUAGAACCAGUAUGGUGACCUGAUGUGUGUAGCUAGUCGGCGCUUCAUUUUUCUACUUGAUGCCAAACUUACACCUUAGUAUAUACAUGUAUGACUAAAUGUACAUAGGUUUAUCAUUUUGAUAAAGACAUCAUGUAUAUACAUACCUUACAUUACAGAACCAAUUGUGCCAAGUGUUUCUCAUGCAAAUUGCGUCCAUUAAAUCUACCUGAGUGCCAGCGACGGGGCGUCGUGCGCGUCUCGCGAACCCAGUGCCAAACCCAAUACAGUAUUACAUAUGUGAUAAGUGCGAGGCUGCCCACUGCUAGCGUGUGGGGCAGUGUAGUCGUAGUGGUAGAUCUGUAGGUAGGGUCGUAGACUUAGUGACGGUCUCAGCGUGUCUGAGAUUCAUCGUAACUACUGCCACCAUUCCUUCAAUGUACAUACAAACUAGGCAUAGACAUGCGAAACCUGCUGAUGCAAAUAAAAUGUUUAUGAACGGUAA